AUGCUCAGGACCAUCGCCCCCCGAGCCGCGAGGUAUGCAUCAUACACCGCAGUCAAAGUGACAUGUGAAGGUCUCACACCCCAAUCUCUCCGGUUUAGGCGCGCCGCUGUAUUCGCAGUAGCACCCCGCAUCACCACAUGUGGCACCUUCGGAUCCGCGAGCAGAUCUCUCUCUGUCUCUGCAACCGCCGCCGCCGCCCAGUCUCAGCUCAAUGCCAAAGUCGUAGAAGACGGCGUGCAAAUCAACGGGCUGACGGGAGUAUCUGCCCGUAGAUCGACGCUCCCGCAUUUCUGGCUUAGAGACAACUGUCGUUGCAGCAAGUGUGUGAACCAAGACACCACACAACGAAACUUUGAUACAUACGCCAUCAGCCAAGACAUCCGGCCCUCCAACAUAAAAUCGGAAGAACAGGGCAUCAAGGUGACAUGGGAGCAGGAUGGUCACCAGAGCUUCUAUCCCUGGCAGUUCAUCAAGCACUAUCUGCAGAAUGAUCACCGCAGUCCGGAGCAGGUCAACUAUCACUUCUGGGGUUCCGACGUUGGCAACAGGCGCCCCGUCGUUGAGUACGACCACCUCAUGUCCAAGAAAGACGAGUCGGGCGUCGCAAAGUUGACAAACCUCAUCCGCCAGUACGGCUUCGCCUUCGUUGACGGCACACCCUACGACACACCCGACCCGACGCAGCGCGUCCUGGAGAGGGUCGCCUUCAUCCGUGAGACGCACUACGGCGGCUUCUAUGACUUCGUCCCGGACCUCGCUAUGGCCGACACCGCCUACACCAACAUCGCCCUCCCGGCGCACACGGACACGACCUACUUUACGGACCCCGCCGGCCUGCAGGCCUUCCACAUGCUCUCCCACGAGGCCCCGCCGGGACAGCAGCUCCCCGAGGACGGCAAGCUGGGAGGAGAAUCGCUCCUCGUGGACGCCUUCUACGCGGCCCAAAUCCUGCAAAAGGAGGACCCCGCAGCGUACGACAUCCUCUCCAAAGUGCGCCUGCCCUGGCACGCGAGCGGGAACGAGGGCAUCACGAUAUCCCCCGACAAGAGGUACCCCGUGCUCGAGAUCGACCAGGAGACGGGUAAACUGCAUCGGGUGCGGUGGAACAACGACGACCGCGGCGUCGUGCCCUUCACCGAGGACGUUUCGCCGACGGAGUGGUACGCGGCGGCCCGGAAGUGGGAUGCCAUUCUUCGGAGAUCCGACGUCGAGUUUUGGUGGCAACUAAAGCCCGGUCAGGUUUUGAUCUUUGACAACUGGCGUGUGAUGCACGGCAGAAGUGCGUUUGAGGGACGAAGACGCAUCGCCGGUGCCUACAUUAACCGAGACGACUUUGUCUCCCGUUGGAGAAACACCAACUUCCCCCACGAACACGUCCUGAACCAGGUUGUUGGCUAA